AUGGACAUAAACAAAUUAUCUCUUACAAAAAAAUAUAUGUUAUUUAGUUUAUUUUGUGUUUAUAUUAUAACAUGCGUUGGUAUUUUUUUUAAUUGGAUUUCUCUAUCAGAUUUUUUUUUUCAUGGGAACGUAUAUAUAAAUGAUUGUAAUAAUAUAUAUGAAUCUUCAGAAUAUAAAAGAACAUAUAAAUGUGAAGAACAAGAUAAAAAAGUUCAAGCACUUUAUCCUAUAAUAUUAUGUUCCAAUUUUAUUAUGUCUGCUAUAUCAGGUACAUUUUUUGAUUAUUUCGGGCCUAAAAUAACAGCUUUAUUUGGUCAUGUGUGUAAUAUAAUAUCUUGGAUUCUUAUAGGAUUACAAAAAGAAAAUAGUAAUAUAAUAAUUUUUGGGUCAAUUUUCUUAGGGUUAUCUAGUGAUUGUUCAUUUAUACCUUUGUUAAGUUUAAUUUAUUUAUUUCCAAGAAAUCAUACUAUAUAUACUGUUAUUUUAGGAUGUUGUGCUUCCUUAAGUUUUAGCAUACCUAUAUUCUUAGAUUUAUUUUCAAAAGAUGGGGAUGAAAAAUCUUUUCAACUAGUUUGCUUCUUAUAUUGUUUCAUAAUUUUAGUUCCUUUUUUUUUUAUUCUCAUCAUAUUCUUACCAUGGCAGCAUAUAAACUAUGAUACGUCAAACAAGAAAGAGCAAUCUUUUAAUAACACACUGGAUCAAUUAAAAGGUUAUAUCAUAUCGAAUAAAUCUCUAAAUUUAAGUUUUAAUAAUUUUUCCAGUGCCAUCACAGAGGAACAUAUCGAUGAAGAUCAAGAAGGAGGGAGUUCAUUUGGAAGGUGGAUGUAUCAAGAGAGUGAAAAAAGUAAAUCAAAAAGUGAAUCAAAAAGUAAUACUGGACCAAUGAUACAACAAAAUGAAGUUAAUAUAAUUAAUAAAUAUAAUAUGAAUGAUAUAUCAUGUGAUAAUCAUAAUAAUAAUAAUAAUAAUUAUUAUUAUAAUGGUGUAAAUUUUAAUAAUAAUACAAUAAAUAUUAUGAAUAAAAAAAACAAGUCAGCUAAUAUUUAUUCAUUAGAAGAUAUGGAAAAUAAUUCAAACGUAUUGAAUGUUUAUAAAAAUAACCCUUUAAAUAUAUCAGUAAAAAAUAUGAGUCAAAUUAUAUAUACGAAUAGCUCAAUGAAUUCCUCUCAUUUAGUCUUGAGAAAAAGUAACGAUAAGUUAAAUGAUCAUAUGAAAUAUAAUACAAAUGAUUUAAUAAGCAAUAUGUCAAAUAAUAAUAAAAUAAAUAAUUAUAUAAGUGAUGAGAAAUAUUAUAAAGAUAUAUAUUAUAUAGAUGAUAAAAAUGACAAUAAACAAAAUGGUAUAAAAUAUAAUCUAAGAAAUGACAUCAAAAAUGGAAUUAAGAUGGAAAACUCGAUUGAGAUGAAAAAGAAAAAAUAUAUAUAUUCGUUUAUCCAUAUAUCAACCUUAUGGAAAGAAAUAAAGAUCAUCUUUUUUUCUUUAAAAUAUUUAAGUAUAUGUUAUUAUUUUACAAUAUAUAAUUUAUCUUUAGUUAAUUAUAAUGAAUGUGCAAAAUUAUUUUUUAAAAAUUAUGAAGAUAUACAAAAUAUGUUGAAAAUAUUUGGACCUUUAUCAGUUAUACCGUGUGCAUUAUUUGGUAUAUUAAUUCAAAAAAUACAUAUACUAAUAUUAAUAUUUAUAUUAUUAAUUAAUAGUAUAUUAAUGUAUGUAUUUGCCCUUAUUAAAUAUAAACUAUUUUCAUAUUUUAGUGCAUUUUCAUAUCUAAUAGUAACAGGAUGUUAUACUACACAAUUAUAUUGUUAUAUUCAAAUUAUGUUUCCUACUAACCAUUUUGGUAAAAUAGCUGGAACAACUAGUAUGAUAAGUGGUCUAUUAUCUUUAUUAAAUAUACCUAUUUAUAAUUACUAUAUUGUAGAUUAUAACAAUAAUGAUCCUACUCCUUUCGCAUAUUUUGUAAUACUACUCUUACUGUCAACAUUUCCUCUUCUCUAUCUUAUUUAUAAAAAAUGUCAAAAUUAA